CAUCCGGCGGGGCGACGGGCAUUGGGCGCCAUUUUGAAAAGGGGAAAAAAUUCCCUCCCCGGCGGCGGCGACGGUGGCGGCAGCGGCGGCGGCGGUGGCGGCCGGGGCUGAGCGCUCGGAGCGCCUCGGUCGGCCGCGCUCGGCUGGGCGCGUCCCGCCCGCGCCAUGGCAGGAGCUGGAGGCGGCGGCUGCCCGGCGGGCGGCAACGACUUCCAGUGGUGCUUCUCGCAGGUGAAGGGCGCUGUCGACGAGGACGUGGCGGAAGACGUCUGUUCACUCCACCCACACUCCUCACUAGCAGGCGCUCCUCAGAUGUCCUGUCCUGCUUCUUGUUUGCUCCUCCACCCUGUCUCUUCUGGAAGUGUCUGGCUUGACUCAUGACCAUUGAGAACAUCUGGAGGCCUGUGGUCCCAGGGACAAGACCGGAACAGGUCAUCUUGGCCUGUGAAACUGCUCUCCAAAAGUUGCAGAGCCGACAUCAUCUCCACCGUUGAGUUUAACUACUCUGGAGACCUUCUUGCAACAGGAGACAAAGGUGGCAGAGUUGUUAUUUUCCAGCGGGAACAAGAGAAUAAAGGCCGCGCUCACUCUAGGGGAGAGUACAAUGUUUACAGUACCUUUCAGAGUCAUGAGCCAGAGUUUGACUAUUUGAAAAGUCUAGAAAUUGAAGAAAAAAUUAAUAAAAUCAGGUGGUUACCGCAACAGAAUGCUGCUCAUUUUCUACUCUCUACAAAUGAUAAAACUAUUAAAUUAUGGAAAAUAAGUGAACGGGAUAAAAGAGCAGAAGGUUAUAACUUGAAAGAUGAAGAUGGACGACUUCGAGACCCAUUUAGAAUUACGGCACUACGGGUUCCAAUAUUGAAGCCCAUGGACCUUAUGGUAGAAGCAAGUCCACGACGAAUUUUUGCAAAUGCUCAUACAUAUCACAUAAAUUCCAUUUCAGUAAAUAGUGAUCAUGAAACAUAUCUCUCUGCAGAUGAUCUGAGAAUUAACCUAUGGCAUUUAGAAAUCACAGAUAGAAGCUUCAACAUUGUGGACAUCAAGCCAGCUAAUAUGGAGGAGCUGACAGAAGUCAUCACUGCCGCAGAGUUCCACCCACAUCAGUGCAAUGUAUUUGUUUACAGCAGCAGCAAGGGCACCAUCAGGCUGUGUGACAUGCGUUCCUCUGCCCUAUGUGACAGGCAUGCCAAGUUUUUUGAAGAGCCAGAAGAUCCCAGCAGUAGAUCCUUCUUCUCAGAAAUAAUCUCAUCUAUAUCUGAUGUCAAGUUCAGCCACAGUGGUCGAUACAUGAUGACCAGAGACUAUCUGUCGGUGAAGGUCUGGGACCUCAACAUGGAGGGCAGGCCUGUGGAGACCCACCAGGUACAUGAGUACCUGCGAAGCAAGCUCUGCUCCUUGUAUGAGAACGACUGCAUCUUUGACAAGUUCGAGUGCUGCUGGAACGGUUCAGACAGUGCCAUUAUGACGGGGUCCUACAACAACUUCUUUAGAAUGUUUGAUAGAAACACUCGGAGGGAUGUUACACUGGAAGCCUCAAGAGAGAACAGCAAACCCCGAGCCAGCCUGAAGCCCCGGAAAGUAUGUACAGGGGGUAAGAGAAAGAAAGACGAGAUUAGCGUGGACAGUUUGGACUUCAAUAAGAAGAUCCUCCACACAGCCUGGCACCCCAUGGAGAGCAUUAUUGCUGUAGCUGCCACCAAUAACUUGUAUAUAUUCCAGGACAAAAUUAAUUAAGAAAACUGACUGGAGGACCAAGUGUUGUCUUGCAUAUGUACGCCGGUCAAUUAGUUUUCCUGUCAAAAAAGGCAUUGUCCUCUCCAUUGAGAAUAGUGGCGCACUUCUACUUCCCUAAUAGAUACAGGAGAAGAAGGGCUCUCAGCUGGAGUCGGAAGAGAUGAGUGCCGCUGCUGAAGGGAAAACCUGCUCGAAGCUGAAUUGGUGGACUCUGCUCAAUAAAGGCCAUUACUCAAAUGUAUUUAUUUAAGUCUGAGCCUUCCUUUCCAGUUUAUAGACCAAAAAACUAACAUCUGAGAGGAAAAAAAAAAGCUCAUCAAAUCUCUCUCCAGCUCUUCCCUCUGUCUCUGCCAUCCAUCCCUGGGCCUUAUCCUGGACAUGGUGUGGCCACCACCCACGUUCCUCUCUGGCCCUGGAGCCCCAGUGGGCUGCAUCACCCUCCGCUGGUGCAUGGUGCGUGGGUGCCCGAGCAGGCUCAGGCAGCUCUACUCACCCACUGCACUGCCGUCACAUCUUCUGUGGAGCUACUUAAUAAACACAACACACUGUGAAGUGUUUUUAAACCCAAA